AUGGGCAUGGGCAUCAACAACCCCCUUCCGGCGUCGCUCAAGUCGGAAUGCAAAAAGUGCGGCAAGAUCUUGACGUCGUUUGUCAAUCCCCGCCAGGCCUUUGGUCCCGACAAGGUCAUCCCGCCGUCGAUCCUCUCGCAGGCCAAGGGCUUCGCCAUCCUCACCAUCCUCAAGGCCGGCUUCCUGGGGUCCGGCCGCGUCGGCAGCGGCCUGGUCGUGGCCCGGCUGCCCGACGGGUCGUGGAGCGCCCCUAGCGCCAUCGCCGCCGCGGGCGGCGGCUUCGGCGGCCAGAUCGGCCUCGAGCUCACCGACUUCGUCUUUGUCCUCAACGACGCCAACGCCGUCAAGACGUUUGCGCAGAUGGGGUCCAUCACCCUGGGCGGCAACGUCUCCCUCGCCGCGGGCCCCGUCGGCCGCAACGCAGAGGCCGCCGGCGCCGCGUCCCUGCGCAGCGUGAGCGGCAUCUUCAGCUACUCCAAGACCAAGGGCCUCUUUGCCGGCGUCUCCCUCGAGGGCAUGGCCAUCAUAGAGCGCCGCGACGCCAACGAGAAGCUCUACGGCACCAGGUACACGGCGCAGCAGCUGCUGGGCGGCGCCGUGAGCCCCCCGCCGGCUGCCGACUCCCUCAUGGUCGUCCUCAACUCCCGCGUCUUCAGCGGCAUGCGGGCCGGCCCCUCCAACGGCGACUCCAUGUACAACGACAUGCCCACGUACGACGACCGGCACGACGACGUCGUCUGGGAGGGGCGUCGUGGAGACGCCUUCGGCGAGAACGCGCAGAGGGAUCGAGCCGGCGGUUUCGUCUCGGACGAGGUCGCGAGACCCGCCCGGUCGAGUACGUGGAAGGACGACGUCUACGACCGCCAAGUUUCCAGUCCGGCCUUGCGCUCCAGCACGUUUUCGCGGGGGCCGGGGCCGGGGCCGGGGCCGGGGCCGGGAUUCGACCGCGACGCCCCUCCUGGCGAGCGCAGAGUCGGCCCGGGCAGGCCCACGGCCCCCAAGCCCAAGUUUGGCGACAAGGAGGCGUCUCUCAAGCAGAACGAGGCCAUUGCCCUGUUCAACUUUGAGCCGGACCAGCCGGGCGAUUUGGGCUUCAAAAAGGGCGACGUCAUCACCGUUCUGAAAAAGACGGAUAGUGACAAUGACUGGUGGACCGGGAUGAUUGGGACGAGACACGGCAUUUUCCCGAGCAACUAUGUGAAGAUGAAGUAG